GUGACCAGAGUACAGUAGCAUCUCAUUUGAAUCCAUCCUUUUCUGUUCAGCUUGGGUUUAAUGGGUUUAACUUAUCCUGAGCACUUUCGAGUUGUAUCUGCUUACUUCUGUUGUUAUUUGAAUGAUCUUGCCGGGCUCUCUCAUUGUCUGGACAUUCCAUGUACCUAUAUAAAUUAUUUCUCUGGUUGUUAGAAGAGGCAUAAGCCUUGUGACUUCUGAAGAACAUUGGCUUUCAUCAUGAGGUGUCAUAAUAUGUUAUUCAACUCAGAGGGUAUAGUUCAAAUGCUUUAAUUUGUUUAUUCUGGCCAGCGUUUUUAGCAAGUUAUUGUAUUGGCAUAAGUACUUCAGAAAUCUAAAUAUAUCUAGUGGGUAUUAUUCUGGCUGGUAUAUUUAUAUAUAUUCAAAGCCGUCGCUUUUGAUCUGACAUUGGUAAUUUUUGCAGACUUUUAUAAGACAAUAGAAUAGGUCUUUCUGGGAAAGUCAGAUUUUUCAGAAAACUUACGUUAUCGUUGUCGAUGGAUUUGAGGAAACAAGCUGCAAUUUUAUUCUUCUUGGCACAUUUUCUCACCAUACACGAAAUUCUACAUCGACCCGUAUGGUCUUCAAAAAACACCAUUUGAGUUUACAUCUUGUAGUCCAACAACAGUUUUAUGUUCUAUAUACCAACAAUUUCCCACUGGUUGUAGAGAACAAGCACUAUCAUUUAGUUGUUGAUAUUAAAAGAAAUUUGUCAUUCGUUUGUAAUAAUAAAAUUCAUAUAGUCUCACUGAUUAAAGGUGAUAAAGACUUGAGUUAUAUGGAUGCACUGAUCAAAUCUAUACUGUAUCACCAAAAACGCUUUCGUUGUCAAAAUAAAAGAUGUUGUCUCAGUGACUUCUGCAAACAAAACAAGAAUAGAAACUUUCAAUGUUCACAUAAGAAAAUACUGAAGACUAGUGGUCCAAUAACUUUCCAUUUUAUUACUGAUAAACCCACACAACUGAAAUUUCAAAAAAUGGAACAAAAUUGGCAAUUGAUAAAUAUGAAAUUUCAAUUUUACGAAUACCAACGUUAUUUGAAUAAAAUUGACUGGGUUCUAUCAAAACAUUCUUCAGAUAUUAGAUCUUGUUUAAAAUUAUUAUUACCCGAAAUUCUACCAAAAUAUGUCAGACAGGUCAUCGUUCUUGAUACAUGUUUACUGUUGAAUGGAGACAUCAAUGAAUUGUGGGGUCAUUUCAAAUAUUUUAAAACUUCUCAAAUUUUAGGAGUGACAAUGGAACAAAAUCCCAAGUUUGAGGCUAUCAUGAAAAGUUUAAUUAAAGGUUGGAGAGGUUAUGGAUAUAAUAGUGGAGUUGUUUUGAUGGACUUGGCUAAAUUACGUUCAUUACCAUGGAACCAUUUAUGGAUGAGUGCUAUUAAAUUUGUUAUGAAGACAGCGGGUUAUUUAUCAGCUGGGGAACAAGAUGUUAUAAAUUUAAUUAUGUUAAGAAACAAUGAGAUAUUUUACGAAAUACCAUGUGAAUGGAACAUACAACUCAGUUCAGGUGUUGAUACACACAGAUGUCCAGUUAGCUGGUUGACCGAAAAUUCACUAUUAAACAGUGGGGAUUUAAUAUAUGGGAAACAACCUAAAAUUGUGCACUUAAAUCAUCAAGUAAAACCAGAAGAUCUGGACUUGAAAAAUAUACUAAAUGUUGAUACCAAUGUAUCACUUACAACUUAUAAUGCUAACUUACUCUACAUGGUUUAUCUUAAAGAAUAUUUUAAAUAUCGGCAUAUCAGUCAGAAAUGUUUUUAUUAAUUCCCGAAUAAUGCACCACAUUUACUGUAGAGCAUUUUCUGUUUUUUUUUAUUGUUUCAGCUAUAUUUGUAUACCCUUUUUAGGUAACGGAAAUCCAAGUUUAAAAAUCUUGUUAUCAAAUAAAUGAAUCAUUGUAAAUCCAAAUUUAUGAUUGAUAGUUUUCAAUCUCAGUUUACUUAAGUUACUUAAAACCAAUAAUCCUUCAAGA